AUAUCAAUAAAUGUCCGCACUAAGCUAUGAAUAUAUGCUCUAAGUAACAUUUAUUUAAAAAAAAGGUAAACAUGCAUGUUUGGAUAUUGGGAGUUUUUAGCAGUUUAUCAGCCUUAACGCUUUCCAAACCAGUAAUAUCUCCAGGAGGUACCGUCAACGUUUCUCGAGGUGAAAAUCUGACGUUUACAUGUUCAUUUGAGGAGAAGCCGUCCGAUCCGGGGACGGUCUGCAAAUGGAGCGAAAUUCCACGCGGCGUUGAAUAUCCAAUAUCGCGAAUGUAUUUGUUGUACAAUAAGUCCAACUGCAUAAAGACAUUUCCUGAUGGUAAUCAUUAUGGUUACGGUUGUCAUGGCAACAAUGCUUUUUCAAUGACCAUCUUCAAUGCGCAAGAGGGUAAUAAUGGAACACGAUGGAUAUGUGAGCAGAUGGUCGGGAAAAACAAUAUGGCUCUCAGCGAACACGUGACCUUGAAUGUGAUAGAUCAUCCAACCCAUCAAACUUUUCAAGCGGUUACUGGCUCGGCGACAGACAUACCUUUGGACUUGAAAGUGUCGGACUCAAAUGCCGACUUACCGAAUGAGAUUUUCUCAACCAACGACUUCACAAUCUUCACCUCCACAGCAUGGAAAACAACCAUAUUAGUUUCAAACACAUCAUCUGCUAUAUCUAUUGAACAAAUCUCUCAACGCACGAAAACGUACAUAAUUAUCGGUAUAUCAGCCUGCUCGUUUGUGUGCAUUAUCAUCGGCGUGGGAGCAACGUACCUUAUUAUUCACAUGAAAAAUAGUAGAAGAUUAAAAAGCCACGAAUUGCCAAGCAACAGAAACCUUGAAUCAUCAUUCGGUAAGAAUGCAUUGUAA